AUCGUAGCCAUCAGCGCCUCUCCUCGGCCGCGGCCAACGCUGGUCUCUUAGGCCACGGACACGCCGUCUCUUCCCAAAGCAUCGUCCGCCACGAUGAGGCCGUUGUACACGGUGCUCCCGCCGCACACUACGCCGCUCCUGUAGCGCACUACGCCGCCGCCCCUGUCGCCCACUACGCCGCUCCCGUUGCCCACUACGCCGCCCCCGCUGCCCACUACGCUGCCCCUGUCGCCCACUACGACGCUCACCCUAAAUACGACUUCGCCUACUCCGUGGGACCCCACACCGGCGAUCACAAGUCCCAGCACGAGAGCCGCGACGGAGACGCCGUGCACGGCUCCUACUCCCUGGUGCAGCCCGACGGCUCCGUGCGCAAGGUCGACUACUCCGCUGAUGCCCACAACGGUUUCAACGCCGUCGUACACAACUCCGCUCCCGCUGUACACCCCGCCCCCGCUGUGCACGUCGCCCCUGUUGUCCAUGCCGCCCCCGCUGUACACGCUCUCCCUAUCGUGCACGCUGCCCCCGCCCAUGGCUACCAUCAUUACUAAACAACAACUACUGAAUUAUUUAGUUAAUUUAUGUACCACAAAUGUUUGCCUGACUGGUUUAUGUAUGUUUUUGUAAAUAUGUGAGUGUGUCAUACUAUGAAUAAAGAAUUCAAAUGAA